UAGCCGUACAAAAACCUCCCUCAGUCAGACUGCAGACACUCUGAGCUGUUAGAGCAGAAACUGAACAGACUCUGAUACAGACCACUGAACACAGAGACGAAACCUCACCAUCUGUUUCUCAGUUCAGUAUUUCUUCUAUUUAUGGUCUUUCCACAGAUUAAAACCUCAGUGAAUCACAAUAAAGCAAAACCCUUUCAUGCCAUUUUUACUCCAAUUUAGAUUUUUGACAGAGAUAAAAGUGACUUGAUUUAAAUAAUUGCUUUUCAGCGUAAGUCAGUUAAGGGUAUACCUUAUUAUUUUUCUUUGUUUCAAAUAAAAUCUUCUUUAACACUAAUUAUCAUCUUUUAAGUCACUGGCUGCUGCCUGCAGUUCUGAUUUAGCUUCAGCAUCAGUAGAGAGAUGCUGCUUCUCUGGACUUUGUUGAAAGAUUUGUUGUUUUACCUCAUUUAUCAUCCUGCUAACAGCAGCAGAGUAAAUGUGGGCUUUCGUCCACCCCUGAUUUCUAUCUUUGUGAUUUUAUAAUUAUUGUUUUGACUGUGCACGUUGAGCCAAGUAGCUUCACUGAAACCAGACUCUUACAAACAUACACAUUUUCUUCCUUGUUGUUUCACAUUAAUUCAGACCAAAUUUUCCAAAAUUCAUUUAAAUCAAAAGGUAAACUUCUAGCUUGUGAUGAUUUAAUCUAAAACAAAUAUCUUUACUGUGGGUUUUGCUACACUGAAUUGUCUCUCCGUGUCAGAUUAUGUUACUGCAAUAAAAUGUAAUUUAUUUAAGAGUGUGUGAACAAAUAUUUACCACAGUUGCUGAAACCCAUGAAGAACCUACUGUAUGUGCCAUAGUGCAAUUUGACAGAUUCCAUUUUUUUGAAGUUGCCAAAUAGAAUCAAGAGUAAAAUAAUUUUUGCUACAGUCCUUAAGGUUUUUUCUGCAGGGCAGGUAUGCUAAUUUAUGCUAGCAGCUAUUGAACUGAUCACUUUAAAAUGCUUUAGUUGCCAUCUUUUGAAUAAACCUACAUUUGGUCAGUGGAAGUGGGUAAAUAAAUGUAUUCCAACAAAGUACUGAUGUAUUUAGAGGACAUCUUUCUGGUUUGUACCAUGUCAUGUUCCACCAAAGCACAGAUUAGGUUUUAUUGGAUUGUUCACGGUUGACGUGGGCGGCCAUUGUUAGGCAGGACAAGCUGAUGUUGGCGUCCUUUCUUAGAUCAGCGCGCAGCCAGAGACGUCAGCAGACGUCGGUUGACUGCAGAAUUAAGAAGUCAUGCAAACAGGUCACAGAAAUCGACCGACAACUGGGACAGCGGAGAACAAAGACAAGCUGCGGCUGCGGCAUUUGGACGCCACUCUCAAUCCUACUUUAUGACAACAGACAUGUAGAAAAACACGCAUUUCUUCCAUUUUCUAAAGGCCAAUUCCAAAUAUUUGUAACCAUUAAUUAUAUAUCGACGUGUAUUAUUAAAAUAAAAGUAAUUUCUGAAGCUUAAAAGCAUUAGCAAGUCACACUAAUUUAAGUGAAACUUUGAGUUUUCUUAAAGACAACAAAGACGCCAUAGAGUUGGGUGCCUGUGUGCUCUGGUUUCAUGAAUGGCAAGGCUUGUAGGUGGGUACCAAUAAUCUGCAAUGGGCUAUGAAUGGGGGCACUAAUUGGUGCUGCUGUCUUUCCUUUAACCUCUCCAGUAAGCCUCUGUGGCUGUGAAGGAGCCUCUAUUAGAGGGAGAUAGGGAUAAUCCCUUUAAGCAAUGCUUUACCGGGAAUCAGUCUUGUCGACACUUCCUCUCUCAGACUGGAUGAGCUCCUCAGUGUUUAGCAGGACCCACAUCAGGUCAGGUUCACAUUCUGUCCCCAGACUCACUUUCCAGUUGGGACACACUCAGACACCGUGAGGCCCUCGGAGAGCGUUUGGACGUCAGGGGCCCGCGGCUGGGCUGAGGACCGAGUCUGAAGCAGGGAUGGAGACGUGGAAGAAGCUGUUUAAACGCGUGGUGUCUGUGAAAGUCAGGGAGUACGUGAAGGACUACUGUAAAAGGAACGGGCUGCUGACUCUGUCCGUGUUUGCCGUCAUCACCGGCUGCGUUCUUGGAUUUGCGCUGAGGACGUUCAACCUCUCCACGCAGGCAAAGAUCUAUUUCUCUUUCCCUGGAGAAUUAUUGAUGAGGAUGCUGAAGAUGUUAAUCCUGCCACUCAUUACUUCCAGUCUGAUGUCUGGCCUGUCGGCCAUGGACACGAAGGCCAGCGGCCGCCUGGGUGUCCUGACGAUAACGUACUACCUGUGGACAACCUUCAUCGCCGUGAUUGUGGGGAUCGUCCUGGUGCUGAUCAUUCACCCGGGGACGGGGCAAGAGAAAGAAGGUCACCAUGGAAGCACGGGCCCCGUCAUGACCUCCGCCGACGCUCUGCUCGACCUCAUCAGGAACAUGAUCCCAUCGAAUCUAAUUGAAGCUACAUUUCAGCAGUACCGGACGGACCUGGUGCCAAGUGUGCAGAGCUCCAACGAGAAAGAGUCUCAGGCCAACUUCGUCUACGUCAUGCCUGAUUAUCACAACCCUCGACUCGGCCACCCUGUUUUCUUGGAGAUCACGCCGGCGCCUGACAUCAAGUAUAAAAUCGUUCCCAGUACGAGCAAAGGCAUGAAUGUGUUGGGGAUUGUCAUCUUCUCAGCAACCAUGGGUCUGCUGCUGGGGAAGAUGGGCGAACGUGGAUUGCCUCUGGUCAACGUGUGCCAGUGCAUAAACGAGUGCGUGAUGAAGAUCAUUAAUGCGGCCAUGUGGUACUUCCCCUUUGGCAUAGUGUUCCUGGUCGCAGGGAAGAUCCUGGACAUGCACGACCCAGCCCACCUGGGAGAGAAACUGGGCAUGUACUUCAUCACCGUCCUGGCUGGUCUGUUCGUGCACGGCCUCAUCCUGCUGCCUCUCUUCUACUUCUUCUUUACCCGCAAAAACCCCUUUGCGUACAUCCGAGGCCUGUUGCAAGCCCUCGUCAUUGCUCUGGCGACUUCGUCCAGCUCAGCCACGCUACCGAUCACAAUGAAGUGUCUCCUGGAGAACUGCGGGGUGGACAGGCAGAUUGCCCGCUUCGUCCUGCCGGUGGGAGCCACCAUCAACAUGGACGGGACGGCCUUGUAUGAGGCCGUGGCAGCUAUAUUUAUUGCUCAGGUCAAUGAUUAUGACUUGGACUUCGGCCAGCUGGUAACCAUUAGUAUUACAGCAACAGCAGCCAGCAUUGGGGCAGCUGGCAUACCUCAAGCAGGUUUGGUUACCAUGGUGAUAGUCCUGACCUCUGUGGGGUUACCGCCUGCUGACAUCUCCCUGAUCGUGGCUAUCGACUGGGUUCUCGAUCGGUUUCGGACGAUGAUCAACGUUCUGGGUGAUGCAUUAGCAGCUGGGAUUAUGGCGCACUUGUGCAAAAAGGACUUUGACAAAGCAGCAGCUGUUGCAGCCAAUUCUUCUGCUGGUUCUUCUGUCAGUAAGGAAAGGAGAGACACCGUAAUCUCGUUUGGCAAUCAGAGUGUGGCCAUGUCCGACACGCCUCUGAUCACACACCGCUGCGACUAUGUGUUCGAGGUGGAUGGAGACAACGUGCUGGAGAGGCCCGUGCCCUGCUAUAAUCUCUGCCAAGUCUGAGCCCCCCUGUUUUAUAGAGGGAACUGAAAGGGAUUCAUGAGAUUCAUUCAUACUUGAAGCACAGGGAGCUUAGUUUUGGGAGGGAAUACAGUACAUCUUCAUAGUCAAGCAAUCUGAGGAGUCAAGGCGGAGUGGCUUAACGUGUAUUUUGCCAGUGCCAUGCUGAA